AUGACUCAAUCAAAGAAACAAGAAGAGCGUCACCUCAGGAUCAUUCGCGAGCUUUUAAAGCGACCAGAGAAUAAAAAAUGCUUCGACUGUCCAGCAAAAGGUCCAGUUUACGUGAAUUUAUUGAACUCCUCAUUCAUAUGUGCGAGAUGCUCGGGUUUGCACCGUAAUCUUAGUCACAGAGUGAAAUCCAUCUCAGCAUCUACUUUUACUUCGGCCGAGAUAGAUGCUUUAAAGAGAGGUGGUAAUGCUAAAGCUGCCGAAAUCUGGUUAGCAAAAUAUACUACUGCCGAUUUCCCCGAACCGGCUGUAGAUGAUGUAGACGAUGGGCAGAAGGUUAUUAGUAAAGAUAGCUUUGACAAAGGAUCAAUAGUCAUCAACCCGCCCGCAUUGUCCCAUCGAUCGAGCUCGCUGUCUUCCAGUAGUACGCUAAGCCGACAAUCAAGCGCCGCAGAUGUAAGGGUUAGCGAACGAAGUGUUUCGUCUGGCGGUGAAAAAACCCAAAAGUCUACCAACCCAUAUGAUGCACUUUACAACAAUAAUUCAACAAUAUUUGAUGUAUUUCAAUCUGCAUCUAUGCAAAAAGCAAACGAUAGAGUUGUAGACAACGGAUUUGAUGUGUUCCAGUCAGCUCCGACACAAUCACUUCGAGACACAUCACCACCAAGUUUGGAUAAUUUGUUCAACUCGUUCCAAUCGGCUCAGCCGCCAGCACUUCAGCGAACGGCGUCUGAUGAUAUAUUUACCAACUUCCAAUCAGCUUCAACCAAUCCAAUACAACGAUCCAUGUCAAAUGAUAUAUUUGACACCUUCCAAUCAGCGUCAACAACUUCAUUACAAAGACAUGCAUCAUCAUCUUCUUCCUCAAGUAAUAAUAAUACAUUCAGUUCGUCCCAACCAGUGCAGACUACUUCACUUCAACGAUCCAUGUCUUCAGAUCUAUUUACAUCAUUUCAGCAAGCUCCAGAAUCAUCUAUACUAGGAAAUGGAUCGUCUACGAACGUAUUUAAUACGUUACAGCCUGCUUCUAAUUUAACACAUCAACAACCCGCUCUCUCGGCUGGUAUUACGAACUCUAAUACAUUUGCUACACGACAACAACCGCCAUAUCAAAGUACUCAACAUCAAGACACAAAAUACCAAAGUACUCUCACUGGCAUUAAUUUCACCUCUUCAUCAAACAACAUGAACAAUACUGACCCAUUCUCACCUUUUGAAAUCUUUCAACGACAAAAGACUGAGAUAUCUGCGGGGCAGGCUAGUAAUCUACCUUCGAUACCACAACAACAAACGAGUACCAACUACCAAACUUCCGUUAAUCCAUUUACAUCAACGCCGGUAAAUGGAGCUAGCAUGCAGCAGUCGUCACAUUUUUCUGGGAUUUCGUCUGCUUACGGAUCGCAUAAUCCAUUUCCAUUGACGUCCAAUUCAGUAAAUGUUAAUGGAUCGUUGAAUAAUUUACAGCAUGCAGGUAGCAAGAUAUCAUUUGAUGCAGCUUUUGAAGAUUUGGAUCCUUUAAAUAACAAUAAGAAAGGAUUUGUGGGGAGUGAGGUGAAUGGGGGGACAAGGAAUUUAUGGUAA